GUUGACAAUGCACACUGUACACAAUAACAAAAUGCACGUUGGAAAGUGACGCCCGAUGAUAUCAUAUAUCUUGGCCCGAUCGCAAACGUGUCAGACGAAAAACGCGAACGGUGACAGUAUUUUGUGCCGUUGUAAUUUGUGGCCAAAAUGAAAACUCGGUUAAGUUAUACAACAAGUGACUGUACGAGAACAUGACGUCUUCACCAGCUCCUAUGGCGAGGCCUCCUUCGGAGCAACUGGUGGACCUCCACGUCUACCUGGUGCCCCAAGAAGUCUGGAAUGAGAAAUACCGCAGCGCUUACAAUGACGUCAUACACCAGACAAUCUCAGCUGGCUUUCUCAGAGUAUGGCCGGAGCUGAGUCUGUACUAUCUCAGGAACCAGAUCAUUGAGCAGCUGGGCUAUGAUGUGCUACCCCCUGAGUAUGUGUUCCUCAAGAGUGUGGGUCGAUGCUUGACACAGGUGAAAUCCAAACAAGAGUUUGAGUUGAAGGUCAAGAACUUUAUACCGCCUCAGGUUCCCUUACCAGAAAUCUUUGUCCUAGAAGCCAAGAGGGAUCCCUUAAACCUGGCCGCCUUUACUAACCAUGAAAGAAUGGAUCUCAUCGGUGCAUUUAAGCAGCCCGUUGGUCCGUUGCAUGUCGGACAGAGGGACGCUGGUGUCCAGCAUGCUUCGGACACCAGCCAGACCGUCCACUCUAAUCACCUCCCAGACAUCUCCAUGGAUACUCCCUUGCCCAAUCAGAGUCCCCGAUCUGUGAGACACCCUCACAGCCAAUCAUCACACGCCUUUCAUCAGCACCACACAAACACAAAUAAUACCCACAACACAUCAGAUCAUGUACACAAUUCGUUUGCAGAUCACUCGCCGAUCUACAGCACAUCACCUUCCAGACUUCCUCUUCUAACGCACAGAGGUUCACAGACUAACCUAAUGCCAGACCUAGUCACCAUAAACUCCAGAAUAAGUCCUGGAAGCAGCAAACCUUCCCAAGACCUAACUUCCCCUCCCAGAAGAAAGACCCAGCCGACAAGAAGCCCGCUUCAAAACAAACACGGCUCACCACAGAGUAGCCCAAAAUCAUCCCCGUCCAAUCACAGCCUUCCCCAUCUCACCCCAUUACCCCCUCGCUUGACUCAGCCCUCUGACGCAGACUCAAGCCCAAAUUCCUCCAACAACAGCGCUGGUAGCAGCGGUCGCGUAUCCACCAUCGUCCUACCCCCAGAGCCUACCAAACCCUCCAACCCCACUCUAACAAAUCCCCUCGUUUUCAAUCCCCAGUCUAACCAAAACAUUGCCUCCUCUUCUGUCCACACUAACCCUAACCCAACUAAUGUUUCUCCACCACCAUCAGCUAGCGCCUCUACUAACCAACACCCGGAAUCGCCCGGCUCGGCCCACUGGGCCAUGCCUCAAACCUAUAGGGCUUUUCACAACGAGCACCAACCAUCCACGUGUGGUACAACUCCCACCCCUUCCCAAACCCCCAAUGUUACCCCAGGUGGUGUCCCCCCUCUGCACCUCCAACAACUCCAAGCCGUCAAGGGAAUAGAUCCGUCCACACCCCUCAAGUCAGGUCGCCUGGAUACCUACACCAACGACACCAACCAGGAUUCUGGGAUUGCGGAGUUCACCCCCGACAGAAAUGAGCUGGAUUAUGGACGUCAACGGAGUGACUCUUUGGAAAGGAAGCAAACUGCCGAGAAGCAGCAGACUCCAAGGACAUUUCGAAGGGGAAGACCCGAGGACCUGGAUAACAGGUUACAGUCAGCAGAACCAGCAGGCCUAGACAGAGUGCACCAGCAACGGGACAGUCCAAGACAGCGACUGGCAUCAAAUGCCGCAGUGCAAGAGGCGGACAGACAAAGAGAAGAAGAGGAGAAGGCCAGACAGAGAGAGCGUCAAAUACAGCAAGCAGCGGCCAGAGAGCACGCAGAGAAGCAGAGGCAUUUGGAGUCGGCGCAGCAGAGAGAAACUGAGAGAUGGGAAAGAGAGAAGAAAGAGGAGGAGGAGAGACAGAGACUCUUGAAAGCUCGGCAGCAGGAGCUAGAGAUGCGACGCAAGGAGGCAGCGGCAGCCCAAGAAGCAGAAGCGAAACAGCAAGCAGCAACAGCAGCAGCUGAGGAGGCUAAGCGGCAGCGCCUCCAGGAGGAAGCAGAGGAGCAAGAACAGGAAGAGGAGAUCCGUAAACGGCAGGCGGACGAGCUCCGGCAGAGCCGUCAGAUGUCCUGGGACCAAUCCCGGAGGAGGGAACUGGAGCAGUUCACCCCUCUCAGUCAGCGGGCCGGUAGCAGUCAGCAAAAAGACUUAUACGAUCCUUACGCAAGGGACUCAGUCAGGAGGGAACGCACUGGGGACUUGGGAAGUGAAACAAGGACAAGGCAGUCAGAGAGAACUCGAGACGGUAGAUUGUCAUUGGAGGAUGCAGAAAGUGGUGUAGCUUCUUCGAGGGAUAUGGAGAGUGUAGGGGAGGGAAGAACAUCGGGGAAAACUCGCCAAAUGACCCAGUCAGCAAGGGAGAGACUUGAAUUGGAACGUGAAAGAUUACUGGCUGAGCUACAGGAGAGACAAGAGAUGAGACUUGAGCUAGAGAGGACUAGGGAGGAGUUAAUGAGGCAGGCUAAGACACUGCAGGCACGGACGGUGGAUCGCAAAAACAAAGCCAGGGACCUGUGGAAGAAGAAAUACUUUGAGGAGAAGAAGAAGACUAACCCUUUGGAAGAGCAGGUCAACCGACUGCGGAGUCAGCUGGACCAGCAGCACAGGAAGCUGCUCAACCAGCUUGAAGGUAGAGGUCCUCAACGCAAGGGCAUGCCUCGGGAACCACCCUCAAAGAAGAAUGAUCACAAGAUCCUAAUCUUCAAGAUGCAGCAUCAGAUGGAUGAUCUCAGGAGGAGAGUGGAGAACUCCAAGAUGAAACUCACAUCAGAAAUCAAACUGCGCACCCAAGCAGAGACCGAGUUGCGCAACCUGAGGACGGACGUCCUGCAGCGCAAGAUCAACGUGACGGUGUCUCGCUCCCAACAACUCAACCCCCUGAAGGAAACGGAGGAGAAGCAAGGGGUGCGGACCACGCCCCUGCGGGGUACCGGCGCAACCUCAUUCACGCCCCGAGGGAUGGUCAGGACAGGGAUGAAAUAAGACCCAUCUCGGUUACCAGUUUUUUGGGUUUUUUUAAACUGAUUUGAAUAAGUUGGAUAAAUCAGUGAGCCCCUGUAGUUGAAUGGGUCCAU